UUCAUAUUUGUACAUUAUAAUUAUUAUUUGUUAAAAUUAUGUUUCUGUGAUUUACAGGUUUUAGACAGUGCAGUUGCUUCAUUUACACUUGAGAUUAUUGCUCGUCAUGGUGAGCCUGCACCCAGGCUAUGCAAUAAGGAUCCCUUUACUUUAAGAUCAGCUGUGUAUUUACAUUCUUUAUUUCCUAAAGCAAAAUUUAUUCUUCUUAUACGAGAUGGAAGGGCUGUAGUUCACUCCAUAAUAACUAGAAAGGUUACAAUAACAGGUUUUGACAUCAGUGAUUACCGUCAGUGCUUAACAAAAUGGAGUGCAGCAAUGUCAGCUAUGUAUUCUCAGUGUGUAAGUUUAGGUGCUCAGAUAUGUAUGCCAGUUCAUUAUGAACAAUUAGUGCUACAGCCUAGACCAUGGAUGGAAAGUAUUUUAAAGUUCCUUGAGGUUCCUUGGAAUGAUUCAGUAUUACAUCAUGAACAGUUGGUAGACAAACCCGGUGGAAUAUCUAUCUCAAAGUUGGAAAGAUCUUCUGACCAAGUUAUUAAACCAAUUAAUAUUGAAGCAUUAAGUAAAUGGGUAGGCCAUAUUCCUGAUGAUGUCGUGCGAGACAUGGCAAAUAUUGCUCCAAUGUUAGCAACUUUAGGUUAUGAUCCUAAUGCUAACCCACCAGAUUAUGGGAAACCAGAUGCAUUUGUAUUACAAAAUACAAACUUUAUCAAACAAAAUGAGAAAUUAUGGGCAGCUAAGGAACAAGAACUACAAAAGCAAAGAGAACUAUUAAGAAAAAGUGCCCUUCGUAAUAAACAAACAGCAAAUGAUGUAAAUAAAGGUUCAGUUGAAGGAAAAGAACAAAAUGAAAAAAUAACAUGAUAAGAAGAGUAUAGAAGUCAGAUUGUAAUAAAAAUCCAUAACUUUUAAUGUGAUGAAAUCAAUGUGGAUGCACAUACCUGUGAAAUGGAUCUUCCAACUGUCCAAUGUUGUGAUCUCUGUUGUUGAGAGUUUUAAUAGCUAGUUAUUUAUGUAUAGACAUUUUUUAAAAAUCAUUAUAAAAUAUUAUAUGAAGUCAUUGUAAAUUUACAAAUAACUUUCAAAGUGGCAUUUAUGUUUUGAAGUACAUGUUGUCUGUUAUGUAUUUCAUAUUCACAAUACUAGUCAUAUAACUUCUGAAAGAGAAAUCUGUGAGUUUUAUAGACUAAAAGACUUCUUCAUUACUAUAUAUAUAAUUGUCUCUAUUUUUCAUGUUUUCAUUUUUUUCAGAAUAAUAAUAAGACAUAAAUUAUUUAAAUUUGAUUGCUGUAUAUUUUUAUGCGUAAAAUAUAAAAGUUAUACAAAUUUUAGCCUUUAUGAUAAAUUAAUUGUGAUUACUUGGAAAAAAUAUUAUUAAUUUCAGAUCAGCUGAAGAGAAUUUAAGUUUUAGAAUCAUAAAUUUUAUCAUUAAAAAGGCAUAUUUAUAUAUAUUGUAUUGAGCUUUAAAUGUUUCUGUGGUCCAUUCUUUUUAUACACCUUUCUACUAACAUAUCAUUUGAUAAAUUCGUAGAAUAAAUAGAUUUAGAAUUUUAUAUUACUGCAUUUAUGACAUUAACAUUUCUCAAAAGAAAUUUGCAUUGUGAAAACUAAGGAGAAAAGUAUGGAAUCCAAGAUAUUUUUUAUCAGGAGAGCUAGCUGUUCAUAAUUUCCUGUAAGCAGGAGGGGAAAAAAAUAAUUUAUGAACUUUAGUUCUUUAAAUAUGUUUUUGUAUUUUUGCAAAAUCAGUUUCUGAAACAAUGAUUUAUUUUGCCAUUGUAUGAUUGUAUGAAUGGUUUUGAAUAGACAAUUGAGCAUCCAUUUUUAAGAAUCUCAAUCCUAAAAUCAAACUUACAACAGCAUUAUGUAGCUGAUAUGUUGGUCAUUGUACAACUGAUAUAUUGGUUAACUGUAUUUUCAGUGUAUUUACUUUAAAAUAUAUUUUAUCUUUAUUUAUAUAAAGGUCACUUUUCUUUUACUUAGAUAAAAAAAAAAUUAUACAUUCAAUAAAUAUAAUUGCUGAAAUGUAUUUCUCUGAUUGUUUGCAAUAAAAUGUUUGUGUUUAUGUUUA